AUGAACCUGAACAAGGCCGCUCGAGUCAUCCUCUUUGGUGCCCCUGGUGUUGGCAAAGGAACACAGAGCGAGCGCUUGCUCUCGCGCUUCCCUCAACUCAAUCAAAUCAGUACCGGAGAUCUUCUUCGUCGAAAUGUUAAGGAUAGAACACCACUCGGCAUCAAGGUCGAGAAUACCAUGAAGGCUGGUGGCCUCGUGGCUGACGAUUUAAUCCUACGACUUAUUUCCAACGAAUUUUAUACUCGCGGUUGGCUUGCCAAGAAUGGCUCUAAUGUUAUGACCCUUUCAUCCGAAGCCACAGCACUCGAACAACAUUCUUUCAACAACAAUGCUGGUGUCGAAUCUUUCAUCAACGCCGCGCCUUUCCUUGACGGGCACAGACCAUCUGCUGCCUCCGACGACCCCUCAGCUUCUUUUAUCCUCGACGGCUUCCCUCGAACAGCAUCCCAGGCUGGUCCCCUUGACAAACUUAUUCCCAUCAACCUGGUCGUCUCACUCAAGACACCUGUGUCCGUUAUCCUGGAGCGUAUUCUCGGACGUUGGGUCCAUGAACCUUCUGGCCGUGUCUACAACACCAGCUUCAAUGCGCCCAAGGUCCACGGAAUGGAUGACAUCACCGGCGAACCCUUGAUUCAACGCCCCGAUGACUCCGAGGAAGUUUACCGCGCCCGAUACAAAAAGUUCCAAGAGACCAGCGAGCCUGUCCUGAACCACUACGCUCAAAAGGGCGUUCUGGUCGAAAUCGAGGGCAUGAGCAGCGACGAGAUCAGCCCAAAGCUAUUUGCCGAGUUUGAAAGACGCUUCGUCUAA